GAGGCUCCUGCAAACUCCCACCUGAUUAUUUGUGCAAAGCUCCUCCUCACUCGGCUCAUUCGCUGCCACCCUACAGGCUACACCACAGCUCCCAGUCUCUCAGCGGCACAAAUAAGCUGCCUUCCUCCCCACGCCAGUAUAUCUCUGCCCAGCACCCCUGUCUCUCAGUGGCACCGAUUCCAACCUCUAUAGGCGACAGUCGCACGCUUUAUGGAGAACAAACGCUGCUUUGCCAAUCGCUUCUCAGACUACAAGGGCAGCCUUCUGUCCGGCCAGAGCAGCGAGGCGACGGUCCCACUUAUCGUCAGCACAUUGGAAAGCGUUUUACAGAAGCUGCCGGUCCGGGGAGGUGAGGAGGGUGGGCUGUACGGGGGGCUGGCGGGGGUCGCUUACAUGUUGUACCACGUCUCCCAGUGCAGCCUGUUCAGCUCCUCCAGGGACAGCUACCUGCGCAAGGCCACCGCUCUCAUCGAGUCCUGUAUACAGUAUUAUGACCGGGAGCAGGACAGGGAGACCCGGGCGUCUUUUCUUUUGGGGGGAGUGGGGGUGUACGCCGUGGCCGCGUUGAUCUAUAAAGCGAGGGGGCUGCAGGCGGACUCCACGCGGGCUCUGGACAAGUUCAGGGAGAUUGGGGAGAUGUGCACCCCGCUCGGAUUCCUGGAGUGCGGCUCGGACGAGUUGUUCGUGGGAAGGAGCGGAUACCUGUGCGCUGCUCUAGUGCUGAAGCAGAAGCUGGGGCUGGAGGUAUUGACUCCAGUUCAGAUGAAAUCAAUCUGCCUAGCCAUCUUGGAAUCUGGGAAGCAUUAUUCAAAGAAAAAAAGAAAACCAUUCCCUCUUAUGUACUCUUAUUAUGGAACAGAAUAUUUAGGUGCAGCACAUGGGCUAUCAUCUGUUUUGCAAAUGCUUUUGUCCUAUCAGGACUAUCUUCAACCUGCAGAUCGGGACCUUGUUUGGGAGAGUGUGGACUUUCUGGUAAACCAGGAGCAGAACUGUAAUUGGCCCCCGGAAUUAGGGGGAGUGAUAGAACGGGAAAAUGAGCUUGUACAUUGGUGUCACGGUGCCCCAGGAAUUGCAUAUCUGUUUGCCAAAGCAUACCUGCUUACCCGGAAACCUUGUUACCUGGACAAGUGCAUCAGAUGUGGAGAGCUAACGUGGCAAAAGGGACUGCUCAAGAAAGGCCCAGGAAUUUGCCAUGGAGUUGCAGGCAGCGCCUAUGUUUUUCUUUUGCUAUAUAGACUCACAGGCAACUCAAAAUACAUUUACAGAGCACAAAGGUUUGCUGAGUUCCUGUUUUCAGAUGAAUUCAAAGCUGGAUCCUGUACCAUCGAAAGCAUUUACAGUCUCUAUGAAGGUCUUUCCGGAACUGUGUGUUUUCUGGUUGAUCUCCUGCAGCCUAAUAAUGCUGAGUUUCCUUUAUUCAGUGUGUUUGUCUAGAGAGCCCUAUUACACUGUGAUGUAAAAAAAUCCUAUGUCGUAAUCUAGCCAACAGUAAUGAACUUGUUCAUGUGGGAAUAAAAGCAGCAGGAAACUUGAACAGAGGAGUAUCUGUCCCAUGAUAGCAUAACUUGCAAGAAGCUGAUUGGUUACUUGCUGUUGUCAUAUCUCUGCCCUUGACAAUUUUUAUUGAGUACAUGGUGCAUAGCAGAGUGAAUGCAACAGGUGAUAUUAACCUACUAUAUGUGAGAUGUAUAAAAAAGUGCUUUUUGGGUACCUGGAAAAGAGAGACAACCAAUCCUAUGUUUGUUUUUUGGAAGAACAGGUAUAUUUAGAUAUUUAUUAAUUUAGUGAUAACAAUUCCUAGCAAAAGUUUGCCAUAUUUGGAAAAAUGAUAGGUGAUAAAAUAUGUUAAUAAUUUAACUAAAGCCAGUGUUCACACAUCCUUCACAAAAAAAUCUGAACCCAAAUUUGCAGUUUGACAUAAAACAACGGCAUCAUCUGUGAACAACGUCACUUGUCAUGCAACUUAAAGGAGAACUAAACCCCCCGUACCAAAUCCCCUAAACUUCCUGGAAUUACCCCCCCCCCCCUUCUUCUCUGUGAUGUGCAUUUGUAAAAAAGAUAUUUAAAAAAAAUCUGACUCUUAAAUGCAGAGAAGCGCAGCGGAGCUCCCGGUCACCAUCUAGUCACGUCUCUUCAUUUAGUUUUCGGUUCUCAAUGCCAACUUGCGCAUACACAAUUGAGAUUUACAGUACUGAGAUUUAGCCAAACCUCAAACAAAAAGGAUACCAUUGCGUUUAAAUGGUCAUAGAGGGUACAGUACCAUUUAUAGUACAGAUCAUUACUGAGAAUCAAUAGUUAAAACUGUGGGGGGACUUAUAUCGAAAUCGUGGUACAUCAGCUUGUUUUCCUUGACGGUAUAUACAUUCUACAGAUAUGGAUCAUAGCUCACCAUUAAAAAGAGUUUGGGAAUAAAGUUUUUUUUUUGCAUAGUAUGUUUUUCUGUUAUCCAUGCCUUGCUUAUGAUAUUGUCUAUAGACUUGAUAAUUUAAUUUAAUAGAAAACAGUUGGCAAGUUAAUGCUUUCUACAGGCUCUAAUGUUCUCAUGUGAAAAACUUGUCCUGCCUUGGUAUUUUAUAUAUUUAUGACAGUGAAGUAUAGAGUUUUGUUAACCAUCAAACUUCAGAGAUGUAUCCCCUAUAGAAGCAAGGGAAAGUAAGCAUACAUUACUAAUUGGAAGAUAGAAAGAAGCAAACACUGUUGCCUCUACCUAUUUUAAAGAAGUUUGAACCAUAGAUUAAGGGUUGCUCAAUAUAUUCAAACAGAAAAUAACUUCAGAAAAGUAGUUUGUUUAUCGGGCCACAAGUCACUAACAUUCAUUUGGCUCCAACCUUUUUACUACCCGUGAGCCACAUUCAAUUGUAAAAAGAGUUAGGGAACACAUGGAUGCCAAAAGUUCCUGGGGUGAAAAAUAACAGCUAUGAUUGGCUAUUUGGUUGGACCUGUAGAACUUGCCUCCAAACUAGGAAUUCAAAAAUAAGCGCCUGCUUUGAGGCCACUGUAAGCAACAUCCAAGGGGUUGGUGAGCAACAUGUUGCUCACGAGCUACUACUUGGGGAUCACUGAUCUAGACCAUCAGAUUAGUAUGUCUGGCUAGCCUUAAAUAGUAUUGCUAUAACCAAAAUACAGGGAAUAAAAAACACCACUUGCCUUUAAUGUAAUUUCACCUCCAUUAAAAUAAAUUGCUAAUAUUGGCAGAUAACCUUUUAGGCACUAUAGCUGCAAACCACCAUCUUAUAUUGUUUAUCAAAACAAUAAGUGAGGCUGUGACAUUGCUCUGGGGUAUUAAUGUGUGGUUAUACUUACGUAAAAUCAUUUCUUUGUGGUUUAUAUUAUUUUAAACUGAAAUGUCUUUACAUUACAUUACAAACAUUUAUUGACAGCAUAUUUUAUCUUUUUAGAUGCAAAAUGUCAAGUUAAAAUAACAUGUAUCAAAGGACUUUUGGAAUAUGGGAUAUUAAUAGGUAGCUCAGGUCUAAACAGGCCUAAUAAAUUCAAAUCUUUUAAAUAUUUAAAGCAAAUGUUUGUUUCCCUUUCCACGGCUGUCAAUCUAAAUGGGGUUAAUGACAGCAUUUUACAAAAGCAACAUAUUUAUUAGGGAUGCACCGAAUCCACUAUUUGGGAUUCGGCCAAAUCCCUGAAUCCUUCAUGAAAGAUUUGGCUGAAUACCGAACCAAAUGCGAAUCCUAAUUUGCAAAUUAGGG